AUGGCCUUGGCCAUGGCAGCGAUGCUUUUGCUCGCGAGUUCGGUGGCCGGCACGAGCUCGGAGCCCUGCGCCGCGGGCGCCUGCGACCUUUCUGAUCAGACGUCCCUGCUGAGUCGAGGUGAGAAGGAAUACACCCAACAAGGUCAGCAAAGACCCAACUUCUUAUUUAUCUUGGUGGAUGACCUUGGCUUUGGAGACGUUGAUAUCUGUCCCAACACCCUUCCCUACGAGCAGUGCCCUCUUCGACCCACCGACCCUGGGCGCAAGCACGUGCUCAAGACGCCGCGCCUGAAGCGCAUGGCUUCGGAGGGUAUGGUCAUGACCAACUUCUACGCUCCCCGCGCCAUCUGCUCGCCGUCAAGGAUGGCGUCCCUGGUAGGUCGCGAUCCCGUCCGCUUCGCGGGCGUCGAUCAGCACCUGCGCAUCUUUGCCAACACAGGCGCGAGGGGAGGCCUACCCACCACUGAGGAGACCACCGCAAAACGGCUCAAGAAGCUGGGCUAUGACACCGGCUACUCCGGGAAGUGGCACAUGGGCCUCACCAAUGGCACCGACCCCUUUGCAUAUGCCGCCUGGAAUCACGGCUUUGACUCCGUCGAGUUCUUCUUGGAGGGCUCCAAUGGAGAACCAUGCCAUGGUGGUAUGCUAAACCCGCCUGACAACCCGGAGGUGAUGCACAUGUGUUCCUUCAGCCAUGUCCUCAACAGCCGCGGUGAGGUGUUGGAGCAGCCGAUUCGUUGGGAAAACAUGACCGCGCGGCAGCUCAACGUGACCCUCAGCUUCAUCCGAAGCAAAGCCGGCGGCGCAAAGCCCUGGUUCUUCCAGCAUGCCUUCACUGCGGUGCAUGUGCCAUGGAACCCCAGCCGGUUCUUCGUGUCGGACCCAACACAGCGCUUCUGGACCGACAUGGUCAGCGAGAUGGACUGGGCCGUGGGUGUGCUUCUGGAUGAGCUCGUGGCCACGAAGCAGGAGAACACAAUGGUGCUCCUGAGCUCCGACAACGGGCCUUACCUUGAGUUUGCCUCCUCUCACUGUCCGACGAACUGCAGGAUACAACUGCCUGAGUUCCAACGGGAAGAUGAGUCAGGCACCUUGGGAGCCUAUGGAUGCACUCCCUGCAAUGCCGCCACCGUCUCCCUCCCGGGCCCACUCAGUGGCGGAAAAGGGCAAGUGUGGGAAGGCGGCGUGAGAGUACCCGGAAUCUUUUGGUGGCCUGGGAAGAUUAAGGGCGGAACUGUGAAUCCGCUGGUUGCUUCACAGAUGGACCUGCUGCCAACCAUGGUCGCACUUGCUGGAGGUCAAGUUGACGACAUCGGAAGCCUGGAUGGCCGCGACAUAUCUGAGAGCUUGAUCUCCCGUCCCGACCCCUCCGGAAAGCCCGAGGGCACGUUUGCCUACUGGUGCGGCACCACGCUUUUUGCAGUCCGGGUCGGAGAGCACAAGGUGUACUACCAGACCCAGCUCUGGGUGGACGGCGGGGCAAAGGCCACGGCUCCGAUGUACUGCGGGGGGACGGGGAAAUGCUGCCUGGGGAGCCCGAGUCGACUCUGCACCUGCGGCGGGCUUGGCUGGGAGAAUUACGUCCAGACCCACAGCCCACCCAAAGCAGUUAAUCUCACGGCCAAUCCUGGAGAAGAUCUUGCCUUGGUGUUGGAGGGUGAAGAGUACGCCCAGGCCGUGCGGAGGGGCAAUGCUUUCCGGCUCCGGAGGCUGCAGUCCGUUGCCGAGGGUCUCGGCCUCAAGGUGACCGACGACCCGGAAGCGCUUCAGAGGCAGAUUUCCAGGGUGCCGAACAUGAUGCAAGUGGACGUCCAAGUUCCUGACCCGACGAACUCUUCGCGGAUGCUGCCGCCCCUUGAAUAUCAGAUGAAGGAGUUCCGGCCUUAUGACCACUGCAGCCCUGGCCUUCCAGACGACAAGUGCAAGUCGCGAUUCAUCUGUGCCGUGGACCCCGACUACCCCGGGCCCUACGAGUAUGUGCUGCCUGAUGGCUCCAAAUGUGGCACAUUCCGGCAGCCCAGUGGCACAUCCGCUUUUCCAGAGGACCUCCUCCCUUCAGUCCGACGAUGGCAUGAAGACGCAGGGCUGGUGCCCGUGUGCCUUGCGGGCAACGCAAGCUCCAAGAACAUGAAGGCUUGCCACAUGCUGGAGAAGUAUGGUCUCAACAACAUCCCCACAGGAAAGAUCUGGAAUGCAGGUUGGACCCCGCGGUUGUCCGAGUGGAAUGUCUGA